ACAUCUGCAGUUGCUCCCACCGAGCACAGAUCACAUUACUCUUUCUACAUCACUCUGUUUUUUCUUUUUCCAUCAUGGACAGUGCUUUUGCCAACCUAGAUGCUGCCGGGUUUCUACAGAUCUGGCAGCACUUUGAUGCUGAUGACAAUGGCUACAUUGAAGGGAAAGAGCUGGAUGACUUUUUCCGUCACAUGCUGAAGAAACUACAGCCAAAGGAUAAGAUAACAGAUGAGAGAGUGCAGCAAAUAAAGAAGAGUUUCAUGUCUGCCUACGAUGCCACAUUCGACGGACGCUUGCAGAUCGAGGAACUGGCCAAUAUGAUCCUGCCGCAGGAAGAGAACUUCCUUCUGAUCUUUCGCAGAGAGGCUCCAUUAGAUAACAGUGUGGAGUUCAUGAAGAUCUGGAGGAAAUAUGAUGCUGACAGCAGUGGUUACAUCUCAGCUGCGGAGCUCAAGAAUUUCUUAAAGGACCUGUUUCUGCAGCACAAAAAGAAGAUUCCUCCUAAUAAAUUGGACGAGUACACGGAUGCCAUGAUGAAGAUUUUUGACAAAAACAAGGAUGGCAGAUUGGAUCUUAAUGACUUAGCGAGAAUUCUGGCUCUACAAGAGAACUUCCUGUUGCAGUUCAAAAUGGAUGCCAGCAGUCAAGUGGAAAGAAAAAGAGACUUCGAGAAGAUCUUUGCACACUACGAUGUUAGUAGGACUGGAGCACUUGAAGGACCAGAGGUGGACGGCUUUGUCAAAGACAUGAUGGAACUAGUAAGGCCCUCUAUCAGUGGAGGGGAUCUGGAUAAGUUCCGUGAAUGUCUGCUAACUCACUGUGACAUGAAUAAAGACGGGAAGAUUCAGAAGAGCGAGCUGGCCCUGUGUUUGGGACUGAAACAUAAGCCGUAGUCCUCACAUAUACACUCAAGUUCUCCAUUUUAGAUUACUAGAUUUAGAAAUCUUUGUUGUGUGUAUUGCUCAUCUCUCAGUUUGCAAAAUAUAUUAUUGUUAAUUUAAUUUAAGUAUAUUUAAUGCAUUCAAAACUGUCAACUUUUGCAAGAAUAAGAUAUGUACAGUUGAAGUCUAAAUUAUUAGCCCCUCUGUAUAUUUUUCACCCAAGUUCUGUUUAACAGAGAUUAUUUCAACACAUUUCUAAACAUAAUAGUUUUAAUUACUUAUUUCUUUGCCAUGAUGACAGUACAUACUAUUUUACUAGAUAUUUUUCAAGAUACUAGUAUUCAGCUUAAAGUGUCAUUUAAAGGCCUAACUAGGAUAAUUAGGCAAGUUAGGAUAAUUAGGCAAGUCGGUAAUGAUGGUUUGUUCUGUAGACUAUCAAAAAAAAAAAAUAUUACUUAAGGGGCUAAUAAUAAUAUUGACCUUAAAAAUGUUUUUAUUUAUUUUUUUUUUAUUAAAACUGCUUUUAUUUUAGCCGACAAAGAAGAAAGAAAAAAAUAUUAUCAGACAUACUGUGAAAACUUCCUUGCUCUGAUAAACAGCAUUUGGGAUUUUUUUUUUAAUCAAAGGAGAGCGAAUAAUUUUGACCUCAACUGUAUGUGUUAAAAAUGUGAAGACUAAUACAGUAGUGGUUUCUUCAAUAAACGCUACAUGUGUGAACUG